AUGACGGGCGUAGGGACAAUAAAAACUGUGAUGGAAUACCGAUGUGAUAAGCUAGAAGAACGUCUAAGGGACAUAGAAGGGACUUGGGCCUCCAAUACCACCAGACCCUUAGAUUACUGCCUGGCACCUAAUGUAGUCCUUCCUCAGAAAUUUAAAAUGCCAGACUUUGAGAAGUUUGACGGGACCACAUGCCCUCAGACCCACCUCCGCAUGUAUUUCCAGUCAAUGGUCGCCUAUGCUGAUAAUGAGAAGUUGAUGAUGCACUGCUUCCGAAGCAGUCUUACCGGAACAGCGGUUAGAUUGAUGUCCCUUUUUGAAAUGGAUAAAAAGGCAAUAGAAACUUUCAGGGAGUAUGCACACCGUUGGAGGGACGCGGCCACUCAAGUGGAUCCUCCGGUUGGCGACCAUGAAGCAAUAUCGAUGUUCGUAGGGACUUUAAAAUAUCCCUACCGUUCACACCUGGUAGGAUCCACCCCCCAUAACUUCAUGGACAUUGUGGUCGCGGUAACCAGAGUGGAAGCCGACGUCAAAGCUGAACGAAUAAAGGUUAGCAGUGCCAAUAGUGGCCCAAGCAAGAAGUGGGUCAGAGGUAGGAAGGAAGAAGAGACCCAAAUGAUAUAG